AGGAGGGGGGAGGGGGGUGAACCGGUCACAUUUCUCAGGCACCUGAAAACGUGCUGGUUAUUUCAGGACGCGUGUUGCUUAUUGAUGAGCGGGGGUGUGUUUAAACUACUUCUAAUCAUGUUUUCAUGGUGACUGUACAAGCAGUUCAGUGUGACACACAGCCUCUCACGGUGAACACCGACACUGCCGGUCUGCUUUUUGUGGAUUGAGAAAGAAUACAACAAGAUUUUUUAUCCUCGCGAGACAACACAUCCCUGGGAUACUCGCUCUCUAUGACUCUUUCACCUGCAUCUACCAAACUCCUUCGGUGACAAGAAGAGGCUUUCGAUUUUACAGCAUACAGCAAAAGAAGCAACAUCUAUCUGCAGGGAAACAUGGACAACAGCCCUGGUGGUGGUGUCAUCCUCUACGCCGGCUCCUCUGGCAGUGCCAGCCCAAGUCCUGGCAGCCCCUCCAGCGGAUACCAGACCCAGUCACCCUCCUCUCACUCGCAGCCCUCGUCCCCAGAGGGUGUCUCCUUUCAGGAGAUCGGGGCCAUGAAGCAGGGAGGGGAACAAAGGGGAGGGACGCCUUCCCCGAAAAUGGUCUUCCAGUUUCCCGAGGUGAACAACGCUCCAGCUGCCCACGUCACAACGGUGUCGUCAGCAACCUACAACCACCCCACGGUGGCCAAAAGACCUUGUGGUUUUACUGGCACCUUCCCCAAAACCGGAGGGAUGGUGCUUCUGUGCAAGGUGUGUGGUGACAUUGCAUCAGGGUUCCAUUACGGUGUCCACGCCUGUGAGGGUUGCAAGGGUUUCUUCCGACGCAGCAUUCAGCAGAACAUCCACUACAAGAUGUGUGUGAAGAAUGAAAACUGUCUCAUCAUGCGCAUGAAUCGAAACCGAUGCCAACACUGCCGCUUUAAAAAGUGUCUCUUCGUGGGCAUGUCCAGAGAUGCUGUGCGUUUUGGCCGUAUUCCCAAACGAGAGAAGCAGAGACUAUUGGAUGAGAUGCAGAGCUACAUGAACAGUCUGAAUGAAUCAGCCUCCAUGGAGAUGGAGGUGUCACCUCCCUCCGACACCCGCUGCAGCCCACAGAACCAGACGAGUGAAAGAGCGGUCUCCGUCAGGCAGUCCUACCAGAGCGACUUAAUAAACAGCGAGAAGAAACCUCUCAAGAGGCCCGCCAGCAACAGCAACCUUGGCACGUCUUUCCAGGACAGUCCAGUUCGGGAAACCUCCCCGCCACACACAACGGCAAAUGCACAGCACACAUUCCAGGGGGAUCUGACGUCAGGAUACAAUGUCCCCUUAAAGUGCCCUGUCGCCCCGACCAAUAAUGAUAACACCGCCAAUAACAACGUUAAUGCGUCCAAGUUCAGCUUCACCAAUCAGAAUCAGUGUCCUAUCAGUGGCAGCCUUUCAUCUCAGCCCUAUGCAGCCAAUCAGAGGACUGACUCCCAGAACCAAAACUCCUGUCCUUGGAAGCUGAAUGGUGGAGCCAAAGUGCUGGCAUGUCCACUCAAUUCUUGUCCGGUGGCUCCAGCCAGUCGCUCCAGUCAGGAAGUGUGGGAGUCUUUCUCACAGUGCUUCACCCCUGCUGUGAAAGAGGUGGUGGAGUUUGCAAAGAGCAUCCCAGGCUUCCAGACUCUGAGCCAGCAGGACCAAGUCAUGUUACUCAAAUCUGGCACUUUCCAGGUGCUGAUGGUGAGAUUCUGUUCAUUAUUUGACGCCAAGGAGAGGACUGUGACCUUUCUCAAUGGGCAGACAUACUCCCUGGCGUCACUACGGGCACUGGGCAUGGGCGCUUUACUGGAUGCCAUGUUUGACUUCAGUGAGAAGCUAGGAUCUCUGGGUUUGGAGCCAGAUGAGAUGGCGCUUUUCAUGGCCGUUGUGCUGGUUUCAGCUGAUCGCUCUGGUAUAGUGGACAUGGGAGCGGUGGAGCAGCUGCAGGAGAACCUCAUAAAAGCCUUGCGCUCGCUCAUCACGAGUCGCCGACCCGACGACAGCACCCUUUUCCCAAAGCUGCUGCUACGUCUGCCGGACCUGCGGACCCUGAACAACCAGCACUCUGAUAAGCUUUUAGCGUUCCGCAUAGAUCCCUAAACAAGCACAAGGUCCACGUUCUACCGAGAGGUCUCGCUUUCGGGGAGCUUCCUCGCUUCCUCAUUCAUUCAAGUCGGGCCUGCCACUGGUGAUGGCCUCUGCAUGACGGAUUGUUGUUGUUGGAGCUGGGCCGAGUGUGAUGCCGUGAGAGAGGGGACGAUGAAACAUAUCAGUAAGGGAUGUAGGCUCAGCAGGAGGCGGAAGCCCUUGAACUCGACUGAUCUAUUGCUUCCACGACUGUCAAAGUACGUAAGACAUGAACUGUGCUCUUCCUUGGUUGGUUCACGUCACUUCCUCUCCUGUUGUUUUUCACAUCGUCCUCCCAUCUCACAAGGCAGCCAAGCACACUCCAACCCAGAUACAAGGAGUCUGUACAAACCUUCACCAACUUGACUGUGCAUCACCCCAGUAUAGAAUCCAGCAAUAGAAGUGACACAAACGCUAAAUGAGUGGUCUAUGUGCUCCCUGCUUUUUUUCAUGUGGAUAUUAAAUCACCCACUUGUGAUUGAGAGAUGUAUAACAUUUUUAAGAAAUGAGAAUAUUGUGUUGGUAUGUGCUAAUCAGGGAGAAAUUAUUGGUCAUUUCGACCGAGUAUGAUGGGUUUAAGAUGUUUUCUGUACAAUUUUGUAAAUAUGCUUGGUCGGUACCCAUGGUAGUUUGAAGAGUCGUGGAUAUGUAAAUGAAGUUGUCGAGUAUUGUAUUAUGCCAGCAUCAUUAACAAUACAUUAUGAAUUGCUCUAUAGACUGCAAAAGAAAGCAGCAUUUGAACCAUGCACUCUUGAGUAUAAACUUUUUAUUUGAGGAUAUAUGAAAGAUAUAAAAAUGUAUUGUCAACUGACUGCAUCACCUCGUGUAUAUUUUGUAACUGUUUUGUGGUUACACCAUAGAGUACUAUUAUUAAAUAAUGUUAU